AUGUUCGCACCCCUCCGUCGCCGCAAAGAAAGAAAAGCUGCAGAAUUGCGAAGGGCACAGUCACACGUCGUCUUGGCGUCUACGCAAACCAACAAUCAGCCAAAGAGUGUACUCAAAGGCGGAGAUGUCAAGGAUUUCUUCGACCUGAGCGACGAUGAUAUCGCCGAAGAGGAUCUGAGCGCCGACGAGCCUACGACCCCUGAGAUGACACCGUAUCUGCGCAGGCCGUCGACAAAAACGAUAACAUCCGUUCGUGCUACGACACCCAUGUCGAAGCGAUCCUCAACAGCCAGUGUCAUAAACCCUCUUGCAGACGCUGCCGCUCAUGGUGCUGUGCAGAUCGCGAAGAUUGCAGCUAAGCACAAGUUUGACCUCGUGUACAUUGUCAAUCUCUGGCCUGAGAAGGUUCAUUAUACAUCUGCAGCUGCAUCGACGCCUACCUCGGGCUGCGAGUCAGCUUGCUCUUCCAGGCCCAGCAGCGCCAGGAGCUCGUUGCUUGACUCCAUGGAGGGCACUGUCGUGGAAACCGCAGCUGGAAUGACGGGCCGACUACUUGCGGCCUAUGGACUAUCCAAAGUGGCCAGCCCCUUUCGCAUUUCCGCUGCAGUCCACGCUAAGAUUCUGCGCCACGAAAGCUGGAUCGAAUACCGCAGCGCUGAUGCAAGAGAAGGCGAAUUCUCGCGCGGAUACGGCCACGCAUUCCACGCAGGCUUUUCACGAAAGCUGUCCACAACUACUUGCGCCUCGAUGGAACCACGGUCAGAGGUCGAUCGUGGCGUUGUUUUCGCCGCCUAUAGGCAACCUGGCCCUGACGGCAAGACACGUGGCUGCACACCUGAGGAGCUCGAGGCCCUACAUGCAGAUGCUGAGUAUCUAAUUGAUAUGCUCAUUGCCAUUCACAAGGCAAAAAGGCUUCGAAAUCCAGUUGCGUUGAGCGCUCAAGCGGACGGCGUAGGACCGAUGCCACCACAGCGAGGAGAUGUGUUCCUUUGA